GGCUCUAGCACGCCCUCCGUAUCGAACCUGCGCCUUGCCGCGGGUCAGUGAUGGCGGCGGAAGCGCCAGGUACUCAAGAUUUGUUGUAUGUCGUGACUGCAAGCGGUUCGGCAACGCCAGUGCAAUGCGAGUUGGCCAAAGUCACAGCUGGCGAGGUCAAGCAAAUGUACAGUCAGCUGUCAGGCGUCCCCGCGUGGCGAUUGCGCCUGAUCUUCGGUGAGACAGUCAUGAAAGAUUGCGAACAGCUUCUCUCGAACGGGCUGCGUUCAGGCGAUUCGCUGCAAGUGGUGUCGGUGCAGAACUUGUCCACUUUGCCAGGACUGGGCGGCGGCUGGGUGUUGUACAUGUUCAACGGCGCAGAUUUCCAGUAUGUUGAUUAUCUGAGGAUGGGUCAGAAUCCAGACGGCAUUGGAGACCCUGGCGUGGUGCUGAACCCCGAGGCCGACCAAACUGGGUGUUACAAGAUGAGCGAGCAGUCGUUCGACGAGCACGGUUUCGACGAGGUGGCUGCGGUCGGGAGCGACCAUAGCUGGGUUCUGAUCCGACGCGGCGACGGAAAGGCAAUCCCUGCUUCGGACGCAUUCAAAAUCGGGGGUUCCUCCGGCUACGAGUUUGUCUUCUCGAGCGGGGCGAGGUCCGACUCGAGCGCGAACCGGACGAACGCUGCCGUUGGCGAGCUGCACUGGGCCAGUUUCGGCCCCUUCUUCGACGACGCGCUGUACCACAACGCGCUCGACGGCUCGGGCUGGCAGUGGAUGUGGUCGGCGCACCGGUCGGACAAGGGCACCGUCCUGGGAGCCAGCAGCUGGUCCGAGAGCCGCGUCCUGCAGGAGCGGCUCGGAGGCUACGCCUGGGCCUGGUACGGCCGCGCUGCCGCCGGGCGGGGCGAGGCUCCUGCCACCGCGGGCGCCUCUCGGUGACGUGGAGCCACGCUGGAGUCUUUUGGGAUUGCUGCUGUCCUUCUGUGGACCGUGGGAGGCCCCUCGCCCCAUCGCCCGCGCGCCUUCUGCAACGAACGAGCUCUGGCCCCUGGGAGCGGCGAGCCUGACGAGGCUUCCGCGCCCCCGCGCCUGCUCCCGAGCGAGUCGGCCAGGGCGCGUCGGGCCAGGGGCCUUCUGCGGCCGCCUGCGGCUCGAGGCGCCGGCGAGAUCCGCACGCCGUCGUGCACACGAGGCUGCCGGCGUCCUCGGCAGCACUCGGACGUGUGCAUUUUUCCUUCGGCGAGGACCAUCGAGAAGCAUCCUAUGAUCAUUUGGCGAAGCAGCCACGCACGAAACCCGAAAAAAAACACAGGGAAUGGACGUCCGAGCGAUGGCCAGCGUCGUGCAGGCUACCAGCAGCGUCGUGCUUGCGGACUGCGGGGUUCUCUUGCCUGCAGCAGCCUGCAUGCUCCUGCCUGGUCAGAGCCUGCUUUUUUCUUUCGUCUGGGCGAUGACGCUCGUGAUCGCCCCCGCCCCUCCCUCCCCCCCCCGAUCACGUCACGCUGUUUUCCUCACACGUCUCAAGAUCUGCGAGGGUUCCCAGGAAUUUGUCGUCGUCGCUGUUGUCCGCGACCGGGAGGCCGAAAAAGCGAGGACAAAGUCAC